CGCGCGCCUGCGUAGUCGCGGCGGGACGCCCCAGCCGGGAUGGCGGCCGUUUUGGAGGCGCUGCUGCGAGAGGAGGUGACGGCGGAGGUCGCCGUGCGGUGGCUAGUGUGCGGAGCCCAGGGCGCGGAGGACGCCCCCGAGGAGGCGGCCGCGCUGGCGCCCCUCGAGCCGCUGCGGAAGGAAUUCGUGCCGUUCCUGCUGAACUUCCUGCGCGAGCAGAGCACCUGCGCCCUCCCCCAGGGUCCCCCGACCCCCGCCAAGGCUCCCCGGGCCUCGGCGGAGCGGCCGGGGGGCCCCAGCACGGCGCGGGGAAGCGGCCGCGGAGUGCGAAGCCAGCUCUUCCCGGCCCCAGCCGAGCCCCCGGCAGCCUCCCUUGGCGAGCCCCCUCUGGCCCGCCGAGGAGGGGGCGGGAGGAGGAGGGGACCCGUCCGGGAGAGGGGGGGCCGCGGCGCCGGGGGGUCUGAGGAAGGGGAAAUCGGAGACAGCCCGCCUUGGGGAGGGGGCUGGAGGCCGAGGGGCUCGAACAGCCCCAGCCCCUCGCCUGCCGAGCCCCUGAAUCUCAGUAACCUGGAAGAGUUUCCCCCCGUGGGCUCCGUGCCCCCUGGCCCCGCCGGCAGGAUGAAACCUUCCCGGAGGAUCAACCCAACGAGGGUGAGCGCAGAGCGAUCUCUCUCCAAGCCCAAGACCUGCUUCACCUCACCCCCAAUCAGCCAGGCCCCGAAUUCCCAGCCCCCAGUCUUGGACAAUAGUCCUUGGGGCCUUGACCUUCCUGUAGGGUGCAGCAGUCUACAGGAGGAGCGGGCGAUGCUCAGGAAGGAGCGAUUCAAGCUGCUACAUCACUCACCCACCCCUGCCAGUUCUGCCCUGGAAUCUGGUCUUCCUGCUCCUAGUCGAACAGGGAGCCUUACACCAGAACCUGCAGACCCUGGCAAGGUUUCCUGUCAGCCGAGGCUGGAGUUAGUGGCCAUUGUCUAUUCAUCCUGUAUCGCUGAGAAUCUGGUCCCAAGCCUCUUCCUGGAGCUGUUCUUUGUUCUUCAACUCCUUACUGUCCGACGAAUGAUUCAUGUUGAAAAAGACGACCUGGAACCCAGCCUUGGGGGUCCCCUCAAGAGACCACUAUUCCAGAAUAUCCAUGACUGUGUGUUUUUUGCAGUCCUGGUUUUGGAGCAUCAGUUCCAGGUUCUCUCCCGCCUGGACAAAGGGACAUUGAAGUUGCUAGCUGAGAAUGAGCGGCUGCUUUGCUUCUCUCCUACUUUGCAGGGCCGACUCCGGAAAGCCUACGAACGCAGUACUGCCAAGGUCUCUCUGCUGCUCUCACCCCCUGCCCAGGCUGUCUCCUUUCAGCCAGAAACAGACAACCGUGCAAACUUCUCUAGUGACCGGGCCUUUCAUACUUUCAAGAAACAGAGGGAUGUGUUUUAUGAAGUACUCCGUGAGUGGGAAGAUCGGCAUGAGGAGCCUGGCUGGGAUUUUGAGAAAGGUUUAGGCAACAGGAUCAGAUCCAUGAUGAGUCAACUCUCCACAGCUUCCAGCCACAGCCAUUUUGUUCGGCUUUUUCAGAAACAGCUUCUUCAGAUGUGUCAGAGUCCUUCAGGUGCUGGAGGAAUGGCACUGGGUGAGGCCCCUGACCCAGAUGUAUUAAGCAUGCUAGGAGCUGACAAGCUGGGGCGGCUUCGACGUCUGCAGGAACGAUUGGUUGCUCCACAGAGUGGUAGUGGACCCUGUCCGCCACCUACCUUUCCUGGUUGGCAAGGCUUUUUCCGUGACUUCAUCUUGAGUGCCAGCAGUUUUCAAUUUAACCAGCACCUUAUGGACAGUCUGAGUUUGAAGAUCCGAGAACUUAAUGAUCUUCCCCUACCCCAGCAUGAACCCAGUGAUGAGGAUGUGGACCGACAGGAUGAAAGAAGGCAGUUUGCCUCAGUGUUGCUGAGUCUCCGCCUUCUGGCCAAGUUCCUGGGCUUUGUGGUUUUUCUUCCUUAUCAGAGCCCUGAGCCACCCCCAACUCGUGAGCUACAAGACUCGGCCCUGGCCCUCAGGAACCAGGUGCCUCCUGUGCUGGAUGUGCUGACUUUGCUGCAGCAGGGGUUACAGAACCACCAGGCUGUGCUCACUGUACCAUGGUUGGUGGAGUUCCUCUCCUUUGUUGACCACGUUGCUCCCUUACUGGACUAUUACCACAGUGUCUUCUCUCUCCUACUGCAGUUAUAUCGGAGCCUGAUCCUAUCAGAAGAGAGUGAAAGAAGAAUGUGUUUCUUGAACAAACUGCUGCUCCUUGCUGUGUUGGGAUGGCUUUUCCAGAUCCCUACAGUUCCAGAAGAUUUGUUCUUUUUGGCAGAAGGCCGACCAGAUGCCUUGGAAGGAGCCACAGUGUCUUUGGUGCAGGGUCUGGACACAAUGCCUGUUGUGGAUCAACAACUUCUCUAUACUUGCUGCCCUUUCAUUGGAGAACUACGGAAGCUGCUCGCUUCCUGGGUAUCUGGUAGCAGUGGACGGAGUGGAGGGUUUGUGAGGAAAAUUACCCCUACCUCAACUACUGCCCUAGGACCUCAGGCCCCCAAAACAUCCCAGGGGCUACAGGCAGAGCUAGCCCAAGCCUUCUUCCACAACCAACCACCUUCUCUUCGAAGGACUGUGGAAUUUGUUGCAGAGAGAAUUGGGUCCAAUUGCGUCAAACACAUUAAGGCAACAUUUGUGGCAGACCUGGUACGACAAGCAGAAUCACGUCUGCAGGAGCAACUAGGGGAGCAGCAAGAGGAAGGGGGAGCCCCAGCCCAGCUCUUGGAGGCAUUGUGUGACCAGAUCUGCCCAGAGGGGACUCAAGCCUUGGCCCAAGGGCGAGAAUUUUGCAGAAAGAAGGGCCCUGAGGCUGUUCGGGUGCUGCUACCAGAGGAGACUUCCCCAGCUGUCCUGAGGAGUGCAGAGGAUAUCGCUGUGGGGCUUGCCAUGGAGAAGGCCUGUGCUUGGUUAUCAGCCAACAUCACAGCCCUGAUCCGGAGGGAGGUGAAAGCCGCUGUGAGCAGAACACUUCGAGCCCAGGGUCCUGAUGUAGCUGCCCAGGGGGAGAGGAGGGGCUGCUCCCGUGCCUGUGAGCACCACGCCCCCCUCCCCUCCCACCUCAUCUCCGAGAUCAAAGACGUGUUGGCUCUUGCUGUGGGGCCCCGGGAUCCCGAGGAGGGUGUUGCCCCUGAGCAUCUGGAGACACUCCUGCAACAGCUGAGGGAGACCCUUCAGUGCCGCCAGUUCCUAUGCCUGAUCUCUGAGCAGCAGCUUGCAAAGUGUUCUGUGGAAUUGGCCUCUUUUCUUGUUGCUGACCAAGUCCCAACCCUAGGGCCCCCAGGCCCCCAGAGGCUGGAAAGGGGGGAGGCCCGAGGACUUCUGCAGACACUCCUUUCCCUCUGGCAUGAGGACUUCCAAGUACCUGUUCCCCUGCAGCUGCUGCUCAGCCCAAGAAACGUGGGACUUCUGGCAGACACACGGCCAAGAGAGUGGGACCUGCUGUUGUUCCUGCUUCGGGGACUGGUGGACCGGGGGCUAAUGGGAAGGGUGGAGAUAGAAACCUGCCUUAAGAGUCUCCACCAGGCCCCCUGGCCUGAGGACUUCUCUGAGGAGCUGGCAACAUUGUCUUGCCUAUUUCUGGCUGAGCCACAGGUACCAGGACCCCGGCUAAGAGCUUGUGAGUUGAUGAGACCACCUCGUGGGACUGUACUGGCCCAGAGUUAGGUCCAGCAAAUGAGGUCCUGCCUUUGAGCUCAUGAUCAAAAGCUCUGGCCCACACCUGACCUACAGCUUCAGUGAUGGAACCAGGAGCCCAGCCCUGUCCUGCAAGGAGUUUUCCACCCAGUGGUCCUUACUAAAAGAUGCAGAGGAGAAGCAUCCUGAGCCACCAUCUUCAGACCCGGUGGGUAGAGGUGAGGAAAGUCUUCUGAGUUUCCUACCCAGAGCUCUGGAGAAAACAGUCUUAUCUUCAGGACAAAGGUGACAAGAGACCAGGGCCCCUCUACCAGGGAAGGAGAGGGAGCUUGUAUCACUUGGACUCUUCAAUGAAAUGAUAUACCAGUGGAUAUUGUCAGAGAGAGAGCUUGGAGAAGGACCAACCUGCUGCUUUCCCAGAAGCUUCUUUGGACUUUGUGGUUUUAGAAAAGCAGGAGACUGACUUCCUGCUCACAUGUACCUAUAGGGGAUUUAAAAAUGUAGAGCUUCGAGGGUUCCAAUUUCCUCAGCUCUGUGCCAGGUAUUUUUUUACCUUAAAAUGCAUCAUGGAUGCCAACAACAGAGCACACCUCACAUGAGUAAAAACUCAACUUUACGUGCCCAGUUUCAAGGGAAGCCAGGCUGGGGCUGAUCUUAUUUAAAUGCUUUCUAUGAACCAGGAAAGGAAGCCCAUGGGGGGAGAAGGGAGUAGAUUUUUAAAAAAUAUUAAAAUAAAUACCACUUUGUCAAAGGACCUGGUGUUCUAGAGUUUUUUUCUCUCAGGUCUGUUCCUUCCAAAAGGUAAACAGAGGGCUACAGAGACAUGGAGUUUGAAAGGCUGUGGAUGUCUCUAUAAUUACUAGCUUUAGGAGAAAGAGUAAGGUUUUGUAUUUCAUUGUUGAGAUUGAGCUUCCAUGGGGCGCUCAGCCUUCUGAGCAUGAAAUUCUACACUGGGAAGAGUCAGAGAGCAAGUACUGGGGUACAGACAUUGUCCUCUCUACAGAGAAAAGGCCAGGUCAGCAUGGGCUCAUCCACCAAGGGCACUUCCAGGAUCAUCAUGGAGAGGACAACAAGGCUGAAAGAAUGCUUAGCCUUUGGGGAAGAGGGAGCUGCUUUCCUCUUCAUCUCAGACCCCAGCAGUUGAGAAGGCUGGAAUGGUCCAUUACAAGACCAAGAUCUUUCAAGGCAAGAGGGCUACUGACAGGAGUUGUUGCUUUUGAAAAGCAUCUUCCUUCACUGCUCCUCUCGCCACCAAAACCCUCUGGGACUGAAUCAAGCUCAGCGUGAGACAGAGAGAGGCUGUAGGCCAUUCACUCGCUCCCUUCACGGAUGGGCUGGGAGAGAAGGAACCCAAGACAGCCGUCACGGUGCUGAACACAGUCGCAGCCUUUCCAUCAGAAGUUAGGCUUGCUGAACUAACAGCCAAAGGGGGGGGAGGGUGGCGGCAGAGAGCCUUUAUUUUUUCUAGCAGUGGCUGCAUCCCCAAGAAGAACUCUUGGCUUGGAAGAUAGGGAUCCUGACUCCUAGAAGAAAAUCCAGAAACCCUGAUGGCCUGACAGGUUCACUUCAGAGUUCUGAUAGUCUGAUAGGCUCUAAUUUGCCCAAUGACUGUCGCUUUUUAUUCCUUCAGCCUGUGGUCUGUGAGUGAGUUUGGAUUUCAUUCUUGUAUUUUAAAAACUUGAACCACCACCACUUGUGAAAGUGGAUUGGCACUGCUCUGUCCAUGCAGUUGUGCUCUGUGACAACAUUGUAAACUGACUUGCCAGAUGAAGUAAUCUCUUCAUCACUGACCAGAGCAAGCACUGCCGAGAGGCUAUCAGCAUAUCCUUGUUGGAUUGAACUGGAUAGCCAUCAUGCAGAAUGCCAACAGUGUGUCAUCACUACCUGAACUACAGUCAGUAAACUGUGGUUCAUGGGCCAAAUAUGACCUGCCAACUAUAAUUUUUAAUAUAAUGUAAA